ACGAGAAUCACGUGAAAGCCGCAUUAAGUCUCAUUGAGGCGGUUGUCCCGCGUGCCAUAUCUUCCAUGAAGAACACCGGCCAUGAAGACUGAUCGAUUCACAACAACCGUUCGGGAGGGAAAAAAAAAAACAGCGUGCGGGGUCUUUGUUGACUUUUUGAAGUUGUCUCUACGGAAACGUUAGCCACACCGGGCGGAGCUGGGAGCCGCAGCAGGUGCUUGUGAUAUACAGCGAUAAACUUCGAGGCACUUUUUCCUCUCCACAGAUCAUCAGUGGAUCGGAAAAGCUGUGGGGUCGACAAACGUUUAUCACGUUGUGGAUUUGGUCAAACUUGGGAGACGCACAGGAAUGUUUUUCCCAACUAGAGCUUCUUGGAAGUUGUGUUUUCCCAGGAAAGAUCAGCCUCUUGUUCCGUUUUUUCAUCUCGUAAACAUGAGUGAGCGUUCAAGAAAACUUACUCCAACUAGGUCUACGGGGCACCUAUGAAAUAGUAGCAUUUAGGAGUUGGAUCAAACGCACGGUUGGCGCAAGCUGGAAUAUUUAAGCAACUUUUCCAGGUCGUUACUGGAGCAGAAGAAACCAUGGAGAAAAGCAAGUCGACCAACGGAACCCAGGUUUUAGCCGCGAGCAGAGCUCAGGACAGAGUCGACAGACUGGACCCGUACGGUUUUGAGCGUUCAGUGGACUUUGACUAUGCGUCCUAUGAGGAGCUGAUGUCAGAGUAUUUGGUGGUGCUCACCCGCCGGUCUAUUAAGUGGUCCAAACUCUUGAAGGGCAAAGGAAAGGUGCAGAAGAAUGUCAAAUUGAAACGGUACGUACGGAAGGGGAUUCCCAAUGAGCACCGGGCUUUGGUCUGGAUGGCAGCCAGUGGGGCUCAGGACCAGCUUGAGAAGAACCCUGGUUAUUACCAGUCCAUGCUGGAAGCUCAGCAUGACCCCAAACUAGUGGAGACCAUCAGAACAGAUCUCCACAGAACAUUUCCAGACAACGUGCAUUUCCGCAAGACGUCCAACCCGUGUUUGCAGAAAGCUCUGUACAACGUGCUGCUGGCCUAUGGUCACCACAACCCAGCUGUGGGUUACUGCCAGGGGAUGAACUUCAUAGCGGGGUAUCUCCUGAUCAUCACAAAAGAUGAAGAAAAGUCUUUCUGGCUGAUGGAUGCAUUGCUUGGGAAAAUCUUACCAGAUUACUACACUCCAGCCAUGCUGGGACUGAAAGCUGACCAGGAGGUUUUGGGGGAACUGGUGAAAGUUAAAACCCCCCGUGUCUGGCAGGUUAUGUCUGACCAUAAUGUCAUGUGGACCCUUGUGGUCUCUCGAUGGUUCAUUUGUCUCUACAUAGACAUCUUACCUGUAGAGACAGUUCUGCGCAUUUGGGACUGCCUUUUCUACGAGGGCUCUAAAAUCCUGUUCCGUGUCGCUCUGACGGUGAUCCACCACAACCAGGCUCUGAUUGAAAAGGCCCAGUCCCUGCCAGACGUCUGCCAAGCUUUCAAGGAGAUUGUCCGCGGACCAUUAGUGGACGAGUGUCACACAUUCAUGCAGAAAAUCUUCAGUGAACCCGGAAGCCUCUCCAAGGCCACGCUGACCAAACUGCGGACGACGUGUCGAGCUCGAAUCGUCGCUGAAGAAUCCUGAUCUUAUAGCAGCCUGUUUGCACAUUUAACUUUGGAACCGAGUCACUGUUAACCUCGUCUUAAAAUCUUCUCAAGAAAAGUGAAGUAUAAGCUGAUCAUUUCAAAUGAUUUAAAAAUAUAUUUGACUUCAAUGUGGAAUCAAGCACUUUAGUCCAGGAUGUAUUAGAUGCCAUCAAGGGGAAUCAAACGCUAGCUAUGAAGAACUUAUUCUGUGAUCUUCUCUGAGUAACUGAAGAGUUGACAGAGUCAUUUUUGAAUUUCAAAUAGAUGCUUAGAAGAUGGUCUGUAAAUAUUCAAGUAGUGCUUUAGCUAAGUGUUUCUUUAUAAUGUGACUGUGCUAACCUUUACCACUUUACUCCUCUGGAGAGCACUGAUUCUAGCUGAGGAUUGUGUGAUGAAAUGCACAGUUGAUUAAAAAGAGCAAAUGAUUCAUUCACAAGUCUUAAAUUUACAUUUUAUUCAGUUGGAGUAAUCAUGAUAGAAAACAAGACCAAGCAUUUUCUAGAAAAAUAAAGGUUCACGUCGCAGUUUUUCCCCCCCAACAUUUCUUCUGAAGGAAAAGCAUCCGUGCACUGACUGCAUGUGGCCUCAACACGGGAUUUUAAAGUUGCACUAAAAAAAAAAAAACUUUGAGCAGUUUAUACAGACUUUCAAGACUGAUCAGCAUUUGAAAACGGAAACAUCAAAACAC